GUCGUUUUGUUUAUCCUAAAAAAUGCGACGCCGUUUUCUCCAUUUCCAAGCGGGCACUUCUGCUCACGUCCUGACGCUUGUGGAUAGGGAAGUAAACACGGUUAAGGGCACUCGCAGUUCACCUCCAAAGAUAACUCAAAAUCACUUCAAUGGCUACCAUUGCUGCAUUUCACUCCCUGUCUGUCAUCUGCAGAACCCCUUCCCAAGUACUGUCCAACCCCUCUUCUCCUUCUUCGUCUUCUUCAUCUCUGUGCCGUCCUAUUCGAGUACUACAUCGUCAUAACUAUGGCCUCGCCACUUCUUUCAAGCAUCUUAACACGAGAAAGCCUACUGGAAUGGGAAAAAUCAGGUCGGUUGCAGAAGAAACCCUCGCCUCAGAAGAGCAGAAUACUGAAGAAACGACGUCGGCCGAUCAGCCCGUCUCGGUCCCCGUCUCGCCUUCUGACAAGCUCACCAUGUUCUUUCAGGCAGAUGGAACAAUGGAUGAAUCAGCUAUUCCCACAGUCACCAAAGCUUUAGAGGAGACAGAGGGCAUUACCAACCUAAAUGUUCAAUUGCUUGACGGCAUUGCAAGUGUUGAGUUAACAAAACAGACAACUAUACAAGCUACAGGGGUGGCUUCAGGUUUGGUUGAGAUCAUACAAGGUUCAGGUUUUAAGCUACAAACAUUGAAUUUGAGUUUUCAAUAUGAAGAGGAUAUCACCAGCUAGAUCUUAUUUGUUGGUUUUCCAUCUUCUAAAGACUCGGAAUUUAUUUCAUAAGCUCCGCAUUUCUCUGAACUUUGUUAUCCUGUAAGCUGAUGCUAGAAAGUAAUUCAGGUUAAGUUUUUUCAUAAGCCUACACUCCUGGACGGUCGUACGAUGUGCGAUCAUAUUGUUCCUUGAGAUUAUUCUCUGAACAUGAGUUGAUACAAGAAAGUUGAGCUGUGCAAAGAAGCCUGGAAGGGAGACCGAUAAUUGCAGACUAUGAUUUGUCAAAAUUAUUGGAACAUGGUGCUGUAAUGGACAAAAUUAUUGUAAUGGUAUUGUCAAUUCAAUCUUUGUGGUAUUUUCUAAAUAAUUGAUUAUGAUUUGUCAAAAUUAUUGGCACAUGGUGCUGUAAUUGUAAAAUUAUUGUAAUGGUAUUGUCAAUUCAAUCUUUAUGGUUUUGCUAAA